AUUAUUUGCAGUAACGGUUGAACUGCGUUGCGUGAUUACAGCAAGUUCAGCAAGUAGGUCUGUCAUGGACACGUAAAAUUUGACGCUUUUAUCGCUGUUGUUUUCGCCUUUUUCGAAACGACACCACUGUCGGCCGAGGUGCCAGAUUUUCCUCAAAGUACCGAUCUACAGCAAACUUUCAACUGGAAGCUCUACGAGGCAGUUCAAAGUGGAACUCUUCGGGAAUAAGUGUUCCUUGUUUGUUUACUUAGCUGACUAAUCUCAUAAAGCAUUUGACGUCCUAUUCAGUCAUGUCCACUGAUAAAAGCCAGAGAGGCUGUGAGGAACCGCCCCCGUACUCUCCCAAGCCACCACCGCCUCAAGCUGGAGAGCUUCCUCCAGGAUACCAGCCUUACCAAGGGCCAGCUCCCCCUCCGCAAUGGCAGUAUGGUCCUCCGAACUAUGGUGCCACCGCUGUCUCCAUUCAGCCUGCGGUUGUUAUCCAGACUGUUGGCGCAUGUCCAGCCUGCAGGAUCGGCAUUUUGGAAGAUGAUUACACUUGCUUGGGUAUAUUCUGUGCUAUCUUCUUCUUCCCCCUUGGUAUUAUUGCCUGCCUGCUACUGAAGAACCGGCGCUGCUCAAACUGUGGUGCCUAUUUUGGGUAGAAAUUCUUCCCUCAUUAAUUGUUUUGUUUCAUGCUCUCUUAAGUUUAUGAUAUUUUUACGAUCCAUCUUAAAGCAUAUAGCAUUCAACUGCAAUGAAUGUGAAACUUGAUAAAAUUCAUUGUGCUUUACUUGAUUUGUGAUAUUUUAUAUGUGCCAGUUGUUAACCAUGUAUUUUCAAAUAAUUAUAUAUUAAUUCACAAAGUUUUAGGAUUUGUUUGAACUGCACGUUCUUUUAGGGACAAAAGUAACAGUGGAUUCAUCUGCUUGAAUCUCACUUUGUGAUUUCUUGUCAUGACCAUAAUAUCAGAGGACGUUCAUGGCUCUUAUUAUAUAAUCUGUUUACCUGUCACUUUCCUGUGGCCUGUUGUAUUUUAUUUACAGUAUUCUCCCGCAAUAGGUCGAGGGCUCGGGACCGGAUCUCGGACUAUAACGAACACGAAAACCGAACAGCACAUGGUGCGAAGGCCGGGCUCCGGCAGUGCUCCGAGCUCGGGGAGGCCAUAAAACCAUUAGCCGGCCCUUGGGUCCUACACUGGAGUGACCCGAAACGCAGUGCCGACCGGCGCCUUGCGGGUCCACGCUACCUGGCCAGGUCGGCACUGCGGUUCGGGGUCCCGUCAGCGCCCGGGUUCGCGCGUGUUCGACCUGGCGGCACGGAGGACCCCUGUCAAUCAUCCCCGAGGGUCGAGCUCGCCGGGCCAUAAACCCCCGUGCGUAAGCGGGGGCCGUCACAUGAAAACGACUUAUUGCGAAUCGACCUAAUGCGGGAGAAUACUGUAGUGUAGCCUAGUCCAAGCCCUGCAAGGCUUACUUUCAUUCCAUACAGAAUGAUGUACAUUCAAUGAUGACAUUUUCCAGGGUAUUUUAGAGUGUCUCCACAUAUUUUUUUUUGCCCCCGAUUAAAUACUCGUUUGCAAUUAUUUCA